AUGGGUGGAGAUCUCAACUUGAAGAAGUCGUUCCAUCCUGGACUGCUUCGCAACCAGAAACGAGUCUACGAAGAAGAACAAAGGGCCCUCGAUGAACGCAAGCGAACGCAGCAACGUAUCAAUGAACUCAAGGAGGAGCGCGCAAAGGAGGAGGUCCAGCGGCAGCUGGAAGCCUCGGGUGGUCAGAAGCGCGUCGACCGCGUCGACUGGAUGUACCAAGGGCCAACCGACGGGCAGAUGGGCACCACGGAAGAGCGCGAGGCGUAUCUGCUCGGCAAGCGAAGGAUCGACAACUUGCUCAAGGGGACGGACCACCAAAAAUUAGAAAAGAAUUCGGGACAGGAUAGCUUCAUCGUGGCGCAGAAUGCAAACUCGGCGAAAGACAUGGCGUCGAAGCUGAGCGCGGACCCGCUCAUGCAGAUCAAGAAGCAGGAACAGGCGGCAUACGAGGCUGUCAUGAACGACCCGGUGAAGAGAAGGCAGAUGCUCGCUUCUAUGGGGAUCAAGUCGGAGGAGAAAGACCGGGAUAAGGAUAAGGGCCGCGAUAGGAAGAAGUCGAGGAGGAGGGAUGAGGGCCGUGACAGACACAGGAGCGAGAGGCACCGACGGGAGUACUCGGACGACGAAAGAGACCGGAGGAGGAAGCGCUCGUCGAGGUCCGAGUCGCGGUCUCAGAGCCCGCCCCGCCGGCGGAGGACUGAGGGCGACGACAGUAGACGAAGGAGAAGACAGGAUUCUCCUGGUGGUAGACGCCACCGGUCCCCAGACGACAAGGACCGGAGGAGUAGACACAGAUCCCCGUCGAGGUCGCGCGAUGAAAGGGCGAAUUCGGACAGAAGGGACGAGGGGCCCCAAGAACCCCGCUUCCGCAAUCGCGAGAAUGGCGACCGGCGUCACACGGAUCGAGGCAACGAUACGCGGGACCGAGAUGGCUGGAACAGGAACCGCAACCAUCGAGGAGGAAGAGGUGGUGGUGGUGGCGGUGGCGGUGGCGGUGGUGGUGGUACUAAUAGCCGCCAAUGGGACCGGAGACCUCCUGCGGGCGCAGAAGAUAAGCGACCUGCCUCGGACGAGGACGAACGCGCACGAAAGCUGGCCGAAAUGCAGCAAGCCGCAUCUGAGCUCGACCUCGACCGCGAGAAGCGCUUGGCUGAGAUUGCAGAGCGGGAUCGUCUUGCCAGGGAGGAGGACGACAGGGCGCGCGAGAAAGCGGCGCGCUACGGUGGAGAUAAGCGCUUCAUCAACGGCGUGAGGCAGCAGGCCAAUAGCCUGGGGCUCGCGGAGAACAUGGGACGCGGUCGCCGAGGGCUGGUGGCCGACCAGGACUAG